AAAAUGUAAAUAAACAAGCAGCUCAUUGCCCUGUCGUUCCCGUGAUCAUGUCUAUGUCUAACUAAUUUUUUUUUUAAAUUUAAAUUUAUUUGUUGCUUUAAAACUAAUUUUUUUUUUAAAUUUAAAUUUAUUUGUUGCUUUAAAACUAUAUUUUAUUCGAUAGUUAAAUUCUAAUCUUAUGGUUACUGAUGUUAAUUUGUAUUUUAGCGUUAUUGAUUUGAAUUCUGAUUCAAACAUUGCUUCAUACAUUCAAAGAUCUUCAAAUCUUUCAGGAAGUUUUUAUGAUAUAAAUGGUCUAUAAAAUGCAUUCCAUGUUGAAAAAAUGCGUCACUUUUCGGACAUUAUUUAGUUUACCCUUGAAAUUAGAAAAUAAAAUUAUUAAUUUAAAAACUAAAAUAAAUUUUUAUAGUACUCUGCGAGGAAACUUCAAAUCAAUCUCUUCUAAAGAUAUCGAUUUUUUUAAUUCUUUACUUGGACCUAGUGGAGUAAUUCAAAACUCUGAUGAAUUAGUUGCAUAUAAUACAGACUGGCUUCGAAGUCAUCGUGGUUCUAGCACAGUAGUUCUUAGACCGAAACUUAGUGAAGAAAUAUCAGAAAUCUUAAAGUAUUGUAAUGAACAUAACUUAGCAGUUUGUCCUCAGGGUGGUAAUACUGGUCUUGUAGGAGGAAGCAUUCCUAUAUUUGAUGAAAUUGUUUUAUCCUUAAGUUUGAUGAAUAAAAUCACCUGUUUUGAUGAUAAUGCUGGUGUUCUACAAUGUCAAGCUGGUUGUGUUCUUGAAAAUUUAGAAAAUUUUGUGAAUGAGAAGGGUUACACUGUUCCGGUAGAUUUAGGUGCUAAAGGAACGUGUCAAAUCGGUGGAAAUAUCUCUACAAAUGCUGGAGGUUUGAGAUUUAUUCGCUAUGGCUCUCUACAUGGAAAUGUACUUGGCUUAAAAGCUGUUUUACCUAAUGGUCAGAUAUUGGAUUGUAUGAAUUCUAUGCCAAAAAAUAAUACUGGUUAUGAUUUAAAGCACUUGUUUAUUGGUUCUGAAGGAACACUUGGAAUAAUUACUGAUGCUGCUAUACUUUGUUAUCCUAAAAGUCUUGAAACUUCUGUAGCUUUUUUGGGAUGCAAUUCAUUUGACAAUGUACUUGGCACUGCAAAAGUUAUUAGACAAAGGCUGGCAGAAAUACUAUCAUCACUUGAAAUGUUAGACGAUGAAGCUGCUGAUACUGUUAGGGAUAAUUUGAAAUUAACGGUUCCUAUUGAGAGACACCCAUUCUAUGUUCUAGUUGAAAUAUCUGGUUCAAAUCGUCAACAUAAUGAAGAAAAACUAAGUGAAUGCUUGACAUAUUUAAUGGAUCAGAACCUUGUCAAUGAUGGUACUGUUGCCUGUGAUUUUAAUCGUAUUAAGGGUAUCUGGGCAGUUCGAGAACGAAUAGCGGAAGCUGCACUGCAAGAAGGAUACUACUAUAGUUAUGACCUGUCAUUACCACACAAGGAUUUUUAUGAAAUUGUGGAAGUGAUGCGCAAACGUCUAGGUAAAAAGGUUACUCGUUGUGCAGCAUGUGGCCAUUUAGGAGAUGGUAAUGUUCAUUUUAUUGCUACUACGCGAGAAUUUGAUCCUGAAGUUCUCUCUUUAAUGGAACCAUUCAUAUAUAAAUGGACUGCUGAAAGAAAAGGGAGUAUAAGUGCCGAGCAUGGUAUUGGAUAUCAGAAGGCAAAAUGUUUGUGUUUAAACCAAACAGACAAUGCUAUUGCCACCAUGAAGAUGCUAAAGAAAUUAUUUGAUCCAAAAGGAAUUCUAAAUCCAUAUAAAGUACUUCCUUAGAGAAGAUUUGGAACUGAUAUCAGUAAUUGAUUACCAAUUUGUUACCGAUAAUAAUUACUGAGCAAUACAUUAUGUAUAAUCUUGAUUACAUUGUAAUCAAGAUCACUUAAAAUUAUGAUUAUCAAUAAUUAUGUAUUAUUACAUGCUUUCAGGUUCUUGUGACUAUUAGAUUUUGGUUGUGGGUAAUAUCAUGGGCAAUCAACUUUUAAUUGUUGGUAUAAUUACUUGGUAUCUUGUAAUCACAAUUGCUAAAGAUCAUAAUUAUUUAUGAUCGUUCAUUUUGAUUACUCAUAAUUGAUUUUGAUUACUUAUUGUUUCUUUUGUGAGUACAGGUAAUUUUGAUGAUCACUUUUUUAUAAUCACUAAUUAUGAUUGCUUGCAGCCAUGCUUACUUGUAAUCACAGUUACUUAUCAUGAUUACUUAUAAUCGUUGAUUUUGAUUACUUUUAAUCAUGUUUACUUGUAAUCGUUUCUUUUUGUGAUUCAUUUGUGAUUACCUGUAAUCACAAUUACUAAUUCCAAUACUAAUAAUUCCAAUCACUAAUUGUGGCUAACUGUCAUGCUUGCAUGUAAUUAAUUACCUUUUGCCCAACUCUUCUUUAAAUAAUGUUUGAAUCAAAAAUUUCAUGAUAUUGUUUAUAUUAAUAUGUUAUUUAGUUGUAUAUAUUAUUGAGUUACAUAUAUUUGAUAUAUACUUAAAUAGUAUUUGAUGCACGGAAUUUUUUUUUUUUUUGUAUUUAAAUCAACUCGGCAAUGUUAUUGCCUGUUUAAAGUCAAUUGAAAAGUUAUUUUAUCCAAGAAGUGUUCAAAACCUGUGUUACUCAUAGGAGACACGUGUUAUUCAUAGCAGACACGUGUUAUUCAUAGCAGACACAUGUUAUUCAUAGAAGAUACAUGUUAUUCAUAGGAAUGGUAGGGGAAUGCUUUACAAAUUUCUGCAGGUAUUGUGACUUUUUAAAGUUAAUAAUGUAUGUGUUUUCCAUACGUCAUAUUUAUUAUUUUUAUUGUUGAAUGUCUUUUUACGAAAGUGCCAGAGCUUUCAAUACUGUUCAUACAAAUUUCUGGUUUUAAAAUGGUUUAAAUAUUCUCAUCAUAAUUGAAAUUUUAAGUAUUUUCAAAAUAUAUUUUUAUUCAUUCAUAAAUUUCACAUUUUUGAAUUUUAUACAAGAGGUAUGGGACCAAAUACUGCAAUUGUUAACGAGUUAAUAACUUAUAUUUUUAAUGUGCUUUUUAUUUUUAUAGUUGAAUGUGUUGUGACCUAAGUGCCUGAACUUGAUGUGUUCAAUACUGUUUACACAUAUUUUGGGUUGUAAAAUGAAAUGUAUUCUCUUUACUUGAUUGACAGUAUAAUAAAGAUUUUAUGUAAAUUA